CACUUUGCUACUAUCUAUCUUCUACCCCCGGUACACACUCACAGUCACUGAUCCAACUGAACGUGCCAAAAACGCAAUUGGCCUUCCAAGUUUGAUAUAUCAGUAAAAGAUGUCUGAUGAUCUGCAAGAUGCCGCUAAAAGAGGAGAUAUCGGCAUGCUGUAUAAAGUAUUCUGCAAGAAUCCAGAUAUUUUGGAUUCACCAAAAGCUGUCCCGUUCGAAAAUACUCUUCUGCAUAUAGCUGCUUCCUCUGGUAGCAAUGAGAGGACUGACGACUCAUCAUGCAAGAGGGCCGAGUUUGCUGUUGAAGUGGCCAUCCUAAAGCCAUCAUUUGCUCGGAAGCUGAAUCCUGAAGGUCUCACUCCGAUGCACUUGGCCUUGUUGCAUAGGGAAUGGAAGAUAGUGAGGGCACUGAUGAGACUUGACCCCGAGCUGAUUCGGGUCAAAGGCAAGGGUGGGAGGACUCCUCUGCAUGUUGCUGCUGAAAUCGCUCCUCCGCAGCUGUUGGCCGAACUUCUGUAUGUUUGCCCGUCAUCAAUCGAAGAUGUGACUGCCAAAUGGGAGACUGCCGUGCACAUCGCGGUGGGGAAAAAAAAUUCCGAGUCAUUUGCAGUUCUUAUUGGAUGGCUACUUAGAGUUGACAGGGAAAACAUACUACAAUGGAAGGAUAUGGAUGGUAACACCGUGUUGCAUGUCGCAACGAGGACGAAUCAGGUCGAGGUGGUGAAAAGGCUCUUAGAAUAUAUGAUCGAUGAUGUGGAGAACUUGAAGGGGGAGACGGCACUCGCCAUCCAUGAUAAGGACGAAGGGCCUCAUCGUAGUGAGGAAAUUGGAAGGGCUAUACGUGCUGCUCACAUGAAGAGAGAACGUAGAAUUUGUCUUCCACUCAGCUUGUUACCGCCGAAAGUGACUCCAAUACGUCAUAUUAGACUUGGGAAGUACCUUAGCGGAGAUAUCUCUAGACUUAGACGGAUGGAAAGAAAUAUCAAGCACAGGUUUCAAAGGCUCGGUGUAGGAAGAGAGAAAUCUCGCGAAGUAUUCAUAGUGAUCGCGGUAUUGGUAGCCACGGCUACAUAUCAGGGUAUUCUGAGUCCACCAGGAGGAUUGUGGCAAGAAGACUCAAGCAGUAGUAAUAUUACUACUAAUAUUACUAGCAAUAGUAAUUCACACUAUGCAGGACAAAUGGUCAAUGGCAGGAAGCUUCCCGAUUAUAUCGAGAGUAACAGCUUGGCCUUUGUGAUUUCUGUGUGCCUGAUCAUUGCUUGCAUGCCUACAGAUAUCUUAAUCGGGGUAUACCUUGCGAUGACCAUGAUUUUACUCCUACUCACAUAUGGAGAUGCAUUAUAUAGCAUUCUUCCCCCACAUUAUAGUGAUGUAAGAACUACGGUGACAAUUGAAAUAGUUGUUGCUGGUGUCAUUGCAUUUGCCAUCGCUGUCAUCCGUUUUGUGAUGAAAGUAAGGUCAGCUUUCCGUCCUGAGCUGGAUACGGCCAAACCAGGACGCCACUGGGAGCUUGUGGGAUUUGAUGACGAUGCUGAUGGACAGAGCAACGUCCAACAUGCUGGGCAAAAGCAUACUGCUGAUACUGAAGGCCAUCCUCUUCAGAUCCUUGCAAAUCCGUAACUUAGCACAGCUCAGUUGCUGUUAAAUUCUUUCUUUUCGACUACUGUUCCGUGUCAUGUAGGCUCCAUUAGUAAAAUCAAUAAUUGUUUCAUUUUGGGUUGAGAAGUCGCAAUAAUGAUCGGCCAACCAAGUUUAAGGGGUGGUCUACAAUAUAAUCACUUGGGAAAUGAUUGUAUCAUAUCGUUAAAUUUUCUAGUGUCGAAUUUAUUAUUAUUGUGCGUGUCUCAAAUUUUUAUGCUUUUGACCUGAUGUAUAACCUGACCGGAUUGUAUGAAACCCAAUUUGUAGAUUUUCAAUGGAAUAUGUGGGUACGGGGUAGUCGACUCCCGACUUGAUGUAUCUUGAUCCGUC